AUGUCAAAAGUCCUUGUGCUCCAAACAGACAAGGUCCUGAAGGAGAAGAGGAGACAGUUUAUCCGCUCAGUGGGCGCAGGUACCAUAAAUGGCUUGCUGGAUGAAUUAUUAGAGAAAAGGGUGCUGAACCAGGAAGAGAUGGAGAAAGUAAGAGAUGAAAAUCCUACAGUUAUGGAUAAAGCCCGAGCUUUGAUUGACGCUGUCAUUCAGAAAGGGCCCCAGGUGACUGCCACCUUGCAGGGACCUCCUCAGCCAGUGCAGGACAACCCAGCUACGCUCACAUCCUCAGCCCCAGGAGGGAGCCUCAAGCUUUGCCCCCUUGAAACAGCCCGAAGGAUCUGGGACGAACAGUCAGCAGAGGUGCCGUGCUCAGAACAAAAGGACAGAGUGGGAUGAAAGAUUCACUGGAGGCCAUUCUGAAGUGCAGUGGCUUUUCCUUAGAGCCAAGUUCAUUGAAAGGUUCUGAAGAACCUUUCAUCCUGUCAUUCCCCUUAUAUAAAGGAUCCCUAUGUCCUGGAAUCUGAAGUUUGUACAGAAAGCUUCAGGUUUGGUCUAAUUCCUUAAGUAAAUAAAAAUACUCAUAACAAUAGCAAUGGCA